UUGAAAUUCCGUUUGACUUGCAUUUGAGUUUGUAUGUGCGGUGAAUUUCUGUGCAUAUAAAUCAAGUUUUGGCGAUUAGUUUGAUCUGAAUUCUACGUUUGCAAAUAAAGCAGUCAACAAAGCUGUGGUACACCAUAAAAUUAGCGAAACGGUUGUAAAAUGUAUCGUCCAUUAGCAAAUAUCUGGAAAUUCAACUUCAACUCACUAAAAAGAUGUUAUCAAUCAUCGAAGGCUCUACCCGAUUUAACGAAAGACAGAUAUGCGGUGAAACGAGGUGAUUAUGCCACUAUCGAUGAUAAUGAUAUCAAGCACUUUGAAUCAAUUGUAUCAUCAUCACGGUGCAUCACCGACACAAGUGACAUUGAACCAUACAACGUUGAUUUUCUUGGUGCGGUGCGCGGUUACAGUCAAGUAUUACUCAAACCGAAAACCACCGAAGAAGUGUCUGCAAUAUUGAAGUAUUGCAAUUCGCGAAAGCUUGCAGUGGCUUCACAAGGCGGAAAUACUGGUUUGGUUGGUGGAUCGGUACCCGUUUUCGAUGAAGUCAUUCUCUCGAUGCAACUUAUGAAUAAAAUUGAACAUGUUGAUGAAACCGCCGGUAUUUUGGUUUGUCAAUCGGGAUGUAUUCUUGAGAAACUAGAAGAGCAUGUAUCGAACUGUGGUCUUAGUAUGCCAAUUGAUUUGGGAGCGAAAGGUACUUGUCAUAUCGGAGGAAAUGUUUCAACAAAUGCCGGUGGAUUGCGACUAAUCAGGUACGGAAAUUUGCACGGAAAUGUUUUGGGAGUUGAAGCGGUAAAAGCAGACGGCACGAUUUUGGAUCUGAUGUCGAAUUUCAAGAAAGACAACACAGGAUAUCACUUGAAACAUUUGUUCAUUGGAUCGGAAGGAACGCUUGGUGUCAUCACGAAACUGGCUAUCGCCUGUCCAACCGCAUCAAAAGCCGUUAAUGUUGCUUUCUUGGGAUUGGAAAGCUAUGAUGCACUACUGAAAACAUUUUUGGCGGCAAAACGUGAUCUGGGUGAAAUAUUGUCGGCAUGUGAAUUAAUUGACAAGCUAUCACUAGAAGCGGUUCUUCAACAGUACAAAUUAAAUUCGCCUCUUUCCGAGUAUCCGUUUUACUUGCUUCUCGAAACAUCUGGCAGUAACAUGGAGCAUGAUGAGGAAAAAAUAAGCCAUUUCCUUGAAUCGGCAAUGGAACGCGGUGACAUACUGGAUGGAACGGUUACCAAUGAAACGAGCAAAGUAGCACGCAUUUGGCAACUGCGCGAAACUAUUUCUACCGCACUGGUCAAAGAGGGAUAUGUGUUCAAAUACGAUGUAUCGUUGCCAUUGUCACAUUUCUACGAUAUUGUGCCCGUGAUGCGUGAGAGAGUCGGUGAUUUAGCGUAUCGUGUGUGCGGAUAUGGUCAUGUCGGCGAUUCAAAUUUGCAUUUAAACGUUUCGUGUGCAGAAUUUAAUCAGGAAAUUUACAAACGAGUCGAACCAUUCGUUUACGAAUACACAUCGAAAUUGCGCGGUAGUGUCAGUGCUGAACAUGGGAUUGGUUUCCUGAAAACGAACUACUUGAAAUACUCCAAACAACCCGAAGCAUUGAAUUUGAUGAAAGAAAUGAAAGCAGUAAUGGAUCCAAAUGGAAUUUUGAAUCCGUACAAAGUGCUGCCGAGGCAGAACUAAACAUUCCAGAAAUGUUAAUUGAUGAUUAAUCAAAUACUAACUUUGAACAUGUAUAAAUUAUUUGACAAUCAUAUAUUGACAUUAAGUUUGUAAAAAGACGAAAGUUGUUAAUCUUUAAAAUGAAUGAAAUCUGUAAAUAUUUGGAUUAAAAGGGGAAGAAGCAAUACUUGAACAAACAAA